AUGACUUGUGACUUGCUAGGAUUCACUUUGAGUCCAUAUAAUUUACUCCAUUGGUACAUAGUUGCCAAGUCAUUAUUAGAGGCAACCACAGCAGAGGAUAGAUACGUUCAGAUUGAGAAAAAACGAAAAAUAAUAGUCAUGAAUUCUCUAAAUACAAUCGAUUAUCUAACAAAUGAAACCUUUAAUGGGUCAGUUGCAGAAAACGCCACCUCUUUCUCAUUAGGUCCACAAAGAGAUUCCUUGUGGUUAGUUAUCCCAAUAACAAUAAUAUAUUCUCUUAUUUUCGUUACGGGGUUGUUUGGAAAUAUAAUAACAUGUACCGUAAUCAUUCGCAACAAAAGUAUGCAUACAGCUACUAAUUACUAUUUAUUUAGUUUGGCAAUAUCAGAUCUCCUACUGUUGGUUAGUGGUAUGCCACAAGAGAUGUACUUUAUUUGGACAAAAUCGUCUUAUAUCUUUGGAUCUGUUUUUUGUAUUUUCCGCGGCUUAGCGGCCGAAACCGUUACGAACGCAAGCGUUCUGACAAUCACCUUAUUUACAGUCGAAAGAUACUUAGCAAUUUGUCAUCCUUUUGCAUCGCAAAAAAUGUCCAAAUUAUCGAGAGCGAUAAAACAUAUUCUAAUAAUGUGGGUCGUGUCAUUUAUCCUAGCUUUACCUCAAGCGCUGGAAUUCGGGAUUACAAGAAAAUCAGGUGAAGACAUGUGCCUGCCUACGAAAGAUAUUAUGGAACACUCUUUCGAGAUCUCUCUUAUCUUUUUCUUUUUUGCUCCAAUGGUGUUAAUAACUAUAUUAUACUCCCUCAUAGCACGGAGAUUGAACAGAUCGUAUGUAAACGAUGAAGAAGAGAACUCAUCAAAAAAAAAUUCAUUGAACUCAUCCAUUAAUACGAAAAAAAUGCAUCGCAAAAAUAGCGUGCAAUCUACAAAAAGGGUUAUAUAUAUGUUAAUUGCAGUUGUAAUAGCAUUUUUUAUUUGUUGGCUGCCAUUCCACGCACAACGAUUAGUGGCGAAAUACGGAACCACAGAAGUCUCAUAUAACUUCUUGACUUAUUUUUCAGGAGUUUUUUACUAUAUGUCUACUUGUAUUAAUCCUAUAUUGUACCACCUCAUGUCUAAUAAAUUUAAGGAUGCCUUCAAGAAUACAAUAAGGCAAUUCUGCUGUAUAAACGUAGAACGCGCUCCAACUCAGCAGUGCUCAUACACUACAGUUCCUAUGUCGAGAAACAGAAACCGCUUCGAAGGAUCACAAAGAGGUAUAUUACUUUUGGAUUUAGAAACGCAUUCCUUUAUUUUAAUUGAUACUGUACAGUACUAUCCACCGAUUAACAGUCAUGGAAUUUGGCGGGUUAAGAAGUCCUAA